GCGUACAAGCAAAAACGACUCAAACUUUAGAUGAACCAAGUAUUCUCUUACCCUUCAUAUCGGGGACCAAGUUCAACCUGCAGUGCAUUUCUCUAACGAAGAGUCUCACUACACAAGUUCAAUUCAGCCUGGACAGAAUUAAUCAGAUCUAUUGUAUCAUCGAACAUCAAUUCGAGGAUUUAGAUUUGAAUCAGGGAAAUUUGCUGAUUGAUUGGGUUAUUAUUUAAUGGCGUCGCCGGCAUCAUCAUCGCUAAACAAAAUAGAAAGAGCUCAUCAGAUGUAUCGAGAUGGACAACACGAGGAAGCAUUAGAGUUCUAUACUGAAGCACUUUCUAUGGCUAAAUCAAAAUCCCAAAAGAUCGCUCUUCACAGCAAUCGCGCUGCUUGUUUCUUAAAAUUACACGAUUUUAAAAAGGCAGCAGACGAAUGCACAUUGGUUCUAGAGUUGGAUCAAAGACACACUGGAGCAUUGAUGCUACGGGCACAGACACUGGUUACUCUUAGAGAAUAUCAUUCGGCACUCUUUGAUGUCAAUAGACUUAUGGAGCUAAAUCCAUCAUCUGAUGUUUAUCAUAAUCUACACUCACGGCUCAAGACCCAAUUGUCGCUGGCGCCAAUUCCUGAAUCCGAAGAAGAGAUAACGGUGGCGGAGAUGGAAGAUUUUGACAAACUAGAAGAAGAGGGAGAUAUAGAAGAUCAAGUAGAGUACGAAAAAGAAGAAGCAGAAAAGAAAGAACAAGGAGUAGAAGUAGAAAAACCCGAAGAAGAAAAGGAAGAACUUGUGUGUGAAGAAAUGGCAACAGAUAAGAAUAGCACAGAAAUUGUUCCUAGUCUUGAAGUUCCUGCCAUGCAGGUUUCCAAGGACUUAAAUACUCCACAUUCCCAAGGAUGGCAGGCAAUUCCAAAACCAAAAGGGCACUCUAAUUUGGACUACUCACGAUGGGACAGUGUUGAAGAUGAUUCAAGUGAUGAUGAUGAUUCAGAUGAAGACGAUGAUGAGGAAGAGUCUCAGCCUCAGUACCGGUUCCGUUUAAAAACUGUUGGAGUACGGCCAGUGAAGUGAAGUGUAGAUAAUGGAGGCACAUGAAACUUUGGAAUGACCAUUAAACUAUUAUUGUUGAGUUGAAUGCUCUUCGGAUUUUCCCAAUUGAAUUAAGUCCAUUACUGUUGGGAUGAGAAGAUUGAGCAUGCUAACCAUUCAAAGUUGACUCUACUGAAGCUGCUACAAGAUUAUAUUUGACUACCACAUCUUCCUUGGAGAAGGCUCAGCUGGAGAGGUACAUCAUUAAAAGCGUUCUUGAAGACUUGGAAGUUGUAAUUACCUCAGAUCUCCUUAGAAGUCAUUGCUUAGAAGAUGUCAUUUUGUGGACCUAAAGGUUCCACGUGAACGAGAAGUGAACCCGCAUCCGCAUGAUGCAAUGAUUCAUUGUGACAUUUUAAUGUGUUUGCAUGUGGGUUCUAUUGUACUGACAUGGGUUUCUAAACUGCAGGCAGUUGCUUGGGUCAUCCUUGGAAUGUUCUCACUUGUAAGAUUUCAAGAAGAUUAUCUACCUGUUGUAGGAGUUUGAGUCUCAGCACUGCUAAUAUCAUUGGCCUCGGUGAAUGCAACAAAGGUCUGUAUGUUAUUUUGUUUUAGAAGUAAGUUUCUGAUAUUUACUAUCAGCGAAUCUGCGUUCUUCUGUUAGGCAUGAUUCACUUUCAUAUUUCAAUACAACCCCAGGCAUAUUUUGCUAAUGUUUUAGGUCUUCUCGUGAAUAUUCUUGAGUGCAAAUCUUUUCCCCGCACCAUUCAUAACUUCAUAUUGGGUCACAACUCUGUUCAGAUGCCAAGAAGCAGAUUCAAGCAGUUGCAUAGAAAACGAUUACCCGCAUGACAUCAACUAUACAGUUAGCAUUCAUUGUUGUCUGGGACUCUGAGUUAAUACAAGAAUGACUGCGGUUGAAAAGGAGUGGCAGAAAAUUUUGGGUACCGAACUGUGCAGUUUUAUGAUUUCUACUUUUCUUGAAAGUAACUGAUUUUGGUUCAGUGUUUGGAGGUGUUCUGUAAUGUGUUAACAGACAGAAGGAUUUAUACACAUUUGUUGUUGGUUCACAACUUUUGGCUCUUAUUUCAAAUUUUAUGAGAUUAUGUCUCGUGGUACUGAACAUGGACGGAAUGGAAGGACCAACAGCUAGAUCGGUAACAUUUUGAAACCUUUAAGAGUCCACGAUUAGAAACUCGAAAAUAUUUAUGAUUUAUAUUUGCCACAUUCAAUUAUUGACUGUGCAGCGCCUCUUGUAUUAUUAAGUGAUGUAUUUCAAACACUUGAAAGAAGAUGCUUAUUUUUUCAUGUUCAAAAGCCAAGAAGCAAAAAAGAUAUUAAUUAUUA